AUGACGACGCCUGGUGCGAGCUGUCCAUUCCUCGAGCUGCCUUGCGAACUCCGACUGUUGAUAUACGGAUACGCCGUCUUGGACUCUCCCACCAUCACGAUCGGAACUGCACAGCUGACAGGCACCCACGCCGACAUCGUCCAUCGAUUCUAUGGAAGCUCGCAAUCACCUUUCCCGGGAAUCCCGCAAAACCACGAGCCCGUCGUCGAAACACGAUACCAAAGCGCUCUCCUAUCAAAUCAGGCUACAAUACAGCUAUCACCCGCGACGACCGAGCCGCUGAACGAGCCCUACCAGAAUACGCAGACAGCCUACCACAUCCUCUCCCGUUUGUGUAAACAGGUGAACCAUGAGCUCAAGAGCCACUUUUCCAUCCCCUCACGCCGACAGACGAGUCUGUUCGUGCAGUAUCCUCACGGACUGCACGUCUUCCACAAAGUUACACCACAGCUGCUACGACAGGCGAGAAGCGUCCACUUGGCAGGCGUAUACAUCCCCUCGAACUUCAGCCCAGCUCGCGCGGCGUGUCUCGGACCACGAAACGCACCAGCGCAAGAAAAGCUCCAAGGCACCACACCCAACAGCGCAGAAGAGCUAGGCGACUUGAUCAAGUCCAUGUUCGGCCCCGACGCACAGCAUCCGAUCGAGAAACUGGAGAUGAGGGUCUACUUCCCAGGCGAAGACUCCUACGGCACGGUUUGGGGAGACGACAGCUCGCCGAUCGUGGUCGCGCUGCGGAACAUCAGCCUGGGAGAAAUUUCCAUGGAGGUAUGGCGGGGGAGGCAUGCGACGGGCGUGUAUCUCACGGCUACGCCGGCGAAAGAGAGGAAGCGGGUUGUUAGCACGGUUUGGCGUAAGCUGGAGGAAGGGGGACGAGGUGAGCCGGCUCGCGGUAGUUGGAUUGUUGAUCCUAAGUGGCCGGAGUGGGCGGAGGAGUAUAGCAUGUCUCCUGGGUCGAAGGGGGAUACUAUUAUCUCUGUUCCGGCUUGA